AUGCCCGUGUGCAAACACAUGUUUCAUGUAGCUUGUAUUGACAACUGGCUUAGCGUGAAAAUUACAUGUCCUGUUUGUCGACAACGCAUAUUCAAUUUGAGGAAUGAUAGAUGA